CACCACACCUGCUAUAAUAUUACACAUGCAUAAUGCAUAAGGAUGUAAAUUGCAAUAAAGGAACCGUGGACGCGCCCUAACUCGGCGCCCUCCUUGCGGCCGCGUCCAAAUUACUUGGCUACGGCUAGCAACAACAUGUGCACCCAUGGAUGCCACUGGUAAGCGGCUAGACCCACUCCCAAUAUUGUUGCGCACGUUGCUAUCCUGGCCGCAUCCAGUGGCUUUUGAAGAUACAGUACCUAAGCGAAGCAAGUGUUAGCUCUGCGGGCCGGCCACGGUUCACUGCGCCCUUUUUUCACAUUCUCGGGCCUCCGUGUACUAGUAAGCGACUCGUGGAGUGUUUGAAGCAUUUCCGACACCCACUGCCAGCCAUGAGGACUGCGGUUUGUUUCGAACAGUGUUAACAAAAGAGAGCAGCCCACAUGCACAAUAGCCCUGCACAGAGCCAUAGGAAUUACCAUCGUGGUUGAAAGUCCAGUGUACUGUACAGUACAUUGUAUUGAUAUACACUGUACACUGUACAUGUACUGUACAUUGUGAAACCAGCGGCACGUCCUCUCCAUCAGCCGAGUUCAUGAGAAGAGAAGUUUCUUCCACAUUCCGCCAACUGCAGACUCCCACCCGGGUCAGCCAACCAUGCUGAGGGGGAGACGAAGGACUUUCCUGUAUUUUCUGUCCUGUUUUCUGAUCUUGAUGAUCUUCGUGACGCUCCGGGGAGGGAACCACGGCGGCCCGCCCCGAACCUCGCCUCCUCGAGGCGGCAGAACGCGGGAUGCCAAACGCUCGGCGGAUAGCCGUGGUGCUCCCAAUCCGUACAAAUACAGAGUCUUCGAGAACUACAGCGAAGCUGAGCAAGAAGACGAUCCGUAUAAGGACGGACAGAAUGGAACCGGCACAGAUCCUUUGGACAUUCGGAUAUUCCCGAGUACCAACGAUCAGCUAUUGUAUUUGUAUAACAAGGUAUUAUCCGCCCCAUGGAUGCCCAACUACAAGAAUUUAGCCUCAUUCAGGGAUGUGUUUUUUAGGCGAACCAAAAAUAUGACGACUCAGGAUGAAGUGAUUUUAAAUCAUCGAAACGUCCGCCUUGGGGACAGUCUUCCUUACGCAUUCACCAACACAAUGAGCAAAGACGGCGUCAAGUAUUACUUCAAUGUUACGCAGGAAAUUCUGGACGAGAUACCAGUGGCGUCGCCAUUAUCAGGAAAGGCGUUUCGACGGUGUAGCGUCGUCGGAAAUAGUGGCAUUCUUCAGGACAGUAAAUGUGGAAAAGAAAUUGACAGCGCGGAAUUUGUUUUCAGAUCAAACGUUCCACCUCUUCGGCCGUUUGUUGUCGACGCCGGAAGGAAAUCUAACCUAUCAACAAUGAACCCCAGUGUAGUUCAUAAAAGAUAUCGCCGCUUAAAGGACAUUUCCGACCACGAGAAAUUCGCUAAGGAUAUCGGCGAGUACAACGGCAUGCUGUGGCUACCGUGCGUGGGGUCCGUCAAGAUGGUGGACAUCUGCCUCCAGGCCAAACGGUCGCUGGACUUCCACGGCAGCGGCAACCCCCGGCCUGCCAUCUCUAACCCGAAUCACUACAUCGCCGUGCAGCACUUCUGGGGUCAAAGGAACCUGACGCAGUUCAUGUCGACUGGUUUUUAUGUGACCCACCUGUCGUUGGCCUUGUGCGAUGAGACCCACUUGUACGGCUUCUGGCCUUUUGGUAGCACGGUGGAGGACAGUCCCGUCGACGUCGCCAACAGCAACAACACGAUAUCGUUCCACACGAGGAAAGUCCGCUACCACUACUUCGACAACCUGCCGGGACCCAACGGCGCCCACGCCAUGCAGGAUGAGUUUGGCGUCCUGGUGCAGAUGCACAAGCUGGGCAUGCUGAAAAUGCACGUCAGUAGGUGCAGAGACUGAAAUUCUUCCACCACUACCUCCCGUCCCUCUUGUUUUUGUUUUUUGAUGUUGAAUAUUCCCUCUCACCCGAUAUAUACUGCAACACCGCGUGGGUGUCUAAACCCGCAACGAGCGACCCGUCCGUGAUCAGCGACUUGGCGACAACGCCCUCUGCCUGCCUUGAGAGCCGAAAGCUGGUCUAAGUCACCAAGAGUGGGCGCCACUUACGCGGUCCGGUCGUGCGAUUUUUGGCUCAUCUCUUGGGUGACGUUUUCACGGCUACACGUGUUUGCGGUGGUCGACAAGAGCUUUCCACUUUGCAAGGCUGAAACGCCGGCGCCGCAGAGCCAAAGGACUGCCCCAAUCAAGCAGCUGUUUGCGUAGAAAUAUCACAAAAGUUGUGUCACUGUUGCCGUUUUAAGCUCACGUUGCAGCUAAGCAACGUUUAGCAGUGCUUUGAAGUUCGGUCCAGCGACUGAAUGUUACAAGCAGAACAUGUCAUGAAAACACGCCUUUCCAGAUGACGACGGAGUUUCUGUUUGCCAAAUACCCUGUCUGAUCGGAAGGUUCAAACGCCAUGAUUUUUCCUUCGUUUCUGAUUAUUACUUGUACAUAACGUCCCCGUUCUUAGCUAUACAUGUAUGUACACAUUUUACUGCCUCACUAUGUAGUGUGUGAGACUUAAAUUUCUGCACAAGAAAAAGUGGCCUGUAUUUUUGAAACAGUCCAUGUAGUAUUUGCAAAUCCCCCGUCUGGCGUGGGAAUUACUCUCUGGUAUUAAGUCACGUCGUUGUUUGCGUUCUGUUCAUUUCUUGAGCACCUGUUCUCUCUUUAUCUCCAUUAAGAAUAGUGUUUCGUAUAUGUCAGUAUUUAUUGGUAUUAUAAAGCAAGUUUCAACGUUUUUUUUUUGGGGGGGGAAGGAGAUGUUGCUUGUCUGGAAGGAGGUUUGAGGCUACAGUACUGCAUUACGUGACAACGUUUUUUAAGUAUUGACGUAAAAUGUUCGAUGGUGUAGUGCUUUGAUUUUUUUCGUGCAUUUGUUGUCUUGUUUUUUACAAAGUCUAUGUGUUUCAAUGUUGUGGUGUUGUUUCAAAGUUCAUGCCGACAUCAGUACUGGAACGGUACCCUUUAUACGUGUGUUGCUGCGACGUCGCAAGUCGUGUGUCAAGGGGGAAACCCCCGGGGAAUUUCCAACAGAGUGUGCUAUAGGGUUUCUUCAGUUGGCUUCGUGCCUUGUUUUCCCGUACUUAGAAAAGCCUGAUCGGCGUUUUCUUCGGAGACGGGGCACUUAAGAAAUCGGCUUCCUGUCUGUCCAAGAGUGGGAGCCCCUUGUCCUCAAAAGUGUCCAAAACUUAACUCUGCUGAUUCCCAGGUUUCUGGCCCGUGUUUUGUGGACGUCAGCGAAGAGGCUGACGGCCAAAGAAAGGGCCCACUUGUGGUCGUAAAUAGGGCUGGUAUUAUCGGGUGAAGUCGCGUGUGAUGUAAAAGUGUGUGUUUUGCUUUUAUUGUGUGUGGCCACAAAGGCACAAAUUAAAGUGUUUUAGGAUUUUUAAGUGCUGUUGAAUGCCUCUUUGUAUUAUCGCAGGUUAAGAUAAACCAAUCAUGGUAUAAAUCUUCAACUAGUGCAUUGCAAUGGUGCCAAACCAGGUAUAAAUGUAUAGUUAGAGACACGGCGUAAAAAGUUGUAUAGUUGGCUUUGUUUAUACGUCGACAAAAACCCCUAAACCGGGGGACUUUCAGGACGGGGUAUUUCUAGUGAUUGGAAUCAACGUGUAGGCCUAUGUUUCAAAAGAAAUCGGGAAGAAAUUCAUGUUUUAUAAACCAAGGGCUCAGACGAAACUUCCUUCUAGGAUGAGCAUGAACGCCAAGCCA